GCCUGACGAGGAAGGAUGCACACUCGUCCUUGCCAGGCCCGGCCAGCACUUCCAGGCCGGCGAGCCGCGGCAGCUGUCUCGUUCCGGGUAUAUAAGGCCACACGCCUCCUGGACCUGCACACACUCUCAGUCCACUGGUCAGUGACCGACGAGCCUCCCAACGCUUCUCCUCCAGCUCAACGCUCCCUCCAGCAGUUCAAGAUGAACUUCCUCCGCGUCGUGGCAGUACUUGUGGCGGUGCUGGUCUCCGUGGCCUCCGUCACCGAGGCGUCGCCCCUCUUCGGUCUCUUCAGCGGCCGCCGUGGCGGACAUCGUGGCGGCCGUCGUGGCGGCUCAAAUGGCGUCAACGGCAUCGUCGGGGACGCGUACGCCGACGUCAACGGGGACAUCUUCCCCGGCUACCCCAACCCCCUGGGCUUCCUGCGCUAGGCAGCGAAUGCAAACCUGCCGCCGUCGCCGCCGCCGCCGCAGUAGCAGCAGCAGCGGCACCAGUAGCAGGACGCAUCAAGGACAACAACAAGAACGCAGUGCCGCGCGCUGCCGCCGUCGACGCCGUCGGUCUGCGUUCGGACGCGGGGUCGCGCCGUAAAGAUGACGCCGUCGCAUCCCGGCCACCAGCAGGCCGCCACAUACCUCGUCGCCGCGACGAGCGUCAGUGGCGCCCACGUGCUGCAGCAACAAGUCUUAUUUAUCGAGGCGAGAAGUGUUACAGAGUCGGGAGAAAAGUCCGCAGGUUGUCUCCCGCCUGGUGACGUGACGAGGCCCAAAGUGUGAGGCUGUUAGUGUGUUUUGUAGUGAAUCAGAGAAGUCGCAGAGUGCGAGUCUCGAGCACAUCCGCUGAUGACAGUGUAGAGCUGCGACGACAUCAGCUGACAUUGUGGCGCAGGCCAGAGGCGGCCCCGUUGGGGUCAGCGUGACUCUGACCUGCAUGGUAUUUUAGCACCAGAAAUAUUGUAUUUGUCUGUGAUUGGCAGCCAUUUGUCUUGUUCCAGUUCACUCUACGUCCAAGUGUGUUUGGCGGCAGAUAUUUCAGUAAAGAUUUUUUCAUUGUUGUGAUAAAAAUGUUACUGUAAUCUUAGCACUAAUGAUCUGCUUGCUCUCAUUACUUUACUUUUAAGAGAACUAACGAAUUGUAUAUUUCCUUUCGGUUCAGUGUUGUUUGUGCAACAUACCAAAUUAUAUGAACAAUUUACA